CCUCCCUUCGCUGCCAACACCUGUCCUCCUCCUCCGCUCUCCCCCAACCUCUCGCCGUCGUGGUCGCGUCGCCCCCCGCACCAGCGGCCAACGACCUUCUUCCACCUCCACACCAAUCGCUAGCUCGAAGCAGUAGUUGGAUUUGCUCUUGCUAAAUUUGGAAUCGCCAACCAUACUUAAUCCAGCCCGGCCGGCCUCCUUCCUUUAAACAGAGCUCCAGCCAAGCUGCUCCCCAUCACCACCUCACGGGCGCAGCUGUUUGGUCCGAUCUGCAACACCUGUGACUGAGCCAGUGACGUCUGCCGGCCCGCGCGCUCUUUUGGGUCCCGGGGUUUGAUCUGCUUUCGUUUGGCGGGAGCACCCACCGGAUCCGACCACUCCCAGCGAUGGAUUUCCCGGGAGGCAGCGGCAGGCAGCCGCCGCAGCCGCUGCCGCCGAUGACGCCGCUGCCGCUCACGCGCCAGGGCUCCUCCGUCUACUCCCUCACCUUCGACGAGUUCCAGAGCGCGCUCGGCGGGCCCGGCAAGGACUUCGGCUCCAUGAACAUGGACGAGCUGCUCCGCAGCAUCUGGACCGCAGAGGAGUCGCACGCCAUCGCCGGCGCCACCAACCCCGCCUCCUCCUCCCUCGCCGCCCCGCCGGACCAGCUGCAGCAGCAGCCCAUCCAGCGCCAGGGCUCGCUCACGCUGCCCAGGACGCUCAGCCAGAAGACGGUCGACGAGGUAUGGCGCGACAUGAUCUACUUCGGCGGAAACCCCUCCUCCGCCUCCGCCGCCGCGGCGCCGCCCUCGCCCGCCCAGCGGCAGCAGACGCUGGGCGAGGUAACCCUCGAAGAAUUCCUCGUCCGCGCCGGGGUCGUCCGCGAGGACAUGCCGCCUGGCCCCCCGCCCAUAUCCGCGCCACCACCGCCACCACAACCCACCGCCCGGCCCCCGCAGCCGCAGCCACAGAUGCUGUUCCCCCAGACCAACAUAUUCGCGCCCAUGGUGAACCCGCUGUCCCUGUCCAUGGCCGGGCCCUUUGGCGGCCAGGGUGGCGUCAACGGCGGCGCCGCGGUCUCGCCGAGGCCCGUCAUGUCCAACGGCUACGGCGGCAUGGACGGCCUCAACCUCUCCUCGCUCUCGCCCCCGCCCAUGCCCUACGUCUUCAACGGCGGCCUCAGGGGCAGGAAGCCGCCCGCCAUGGAGAAGGUCGUCGAGAGGCGCCAGCGCCGCAUGAUCAAGAACAGGGAGUCCGCCGCCAGGUCCAGGCAGAGGAAACAGAGUUAUAUGAUGGAGUUGGAGACUGAGGUGGCAAAGCUUAAAGAGCGGAACGAGGAGUUGCAGAGAAAACAGAUGGAGAUGCUAGAGAGGCAAAAGAAUGAGGUAUUCGAGAAAAUUACCCGGCAAGUUGGACCUACAUCAAAGAGGAUUUGCCUGCGGAGGACACUGACGGGUCCUUGAGUGGAGAUGUCUGCGUCCUGAUGUGCAGACAGACAUUCUGCUGAGGUCUCAGUUUGGUAAGCACAAACUGUUAUGUUUGUACCAAAUCUUAGAUUUGAGUUCUGGGAAAACUAUGGUCAGACUGCCGGCUGGGAUGUACUGUACGCAAUUGCUGCUGUAGGUUUGUGUCAUCGCUGUCAUGUUGAUAGAAUCUUGUAAGCUUGUGUGAUAAAACCAUGGCACUGGCCAUGUAGAACCACAACCAUUCGUGCUGUAAAACAUCUGUGUAUUAUCCUUGUGCUGCCGUGCCCAUCUCCCGGCUGGCCGACACACAAUUACUGAACCAACAUCUAGGAGUAAGUAAGUUUGUAUUCACGGAAACUUCUGAUCCUUCAUGUAACGUUUUCAUUUCUCGA